AUUGUUUAUUUAUUUUUUUUGUUUGUUUUUGUUUUUAUAAGCAAAAAAACAUCAAAACAAAAUAUGACAAAUAGUUUUUUUAUAUGAGCAAGAUUAUAAAUAAUUUAAACAAGUAAAUAUAAAUUAAUUUUAAAGUUUAUAUUGUAGUGAUAUGAAUUGUAAAAGUUCACGUGACGUAUGGAGCAAUGUUUAUGGUAAAAAAAAGCCAAUAUGUAAAUCAGCAUCAAAUACUGAUAGACAUGGAUUAAAAUUACUGAAUGAUGAUGAAUUUGUUGAUGAAAAUAAGAGAAAAGAAAUGGAAUAUAGUAUCAAGAGAUUACAUGAAUUAAUUUCUGAUCCAAUAACACAAGAAAGCAAGCCAUGGAUUGACAGAUUGUUAAAUAAUUUUUUGGAUGGUAUUAAAAGUGUUGGAUACAGAGUCAAGGAUCUUCCAGCAAUAAUGCAAGUACUGGAAUUUUUAGCCUGGAAAACACGAGAUAAUCCAGAUUAUCAAAAACAUCUUGAUAAAAUGCUGGAACAUUGUUGUUGGCCUCCACGUUUUGAUAAAUCAUCUGAAAUUUUAUCAUCUCGUGAUGUUAUUGAACAUUAUUUUUCUUUGCUUGGAUAUGUUAUUGUUAUUCUUUCAAAUUAUCAAGAUGAUAUAUCAAAAGUACUGAAUGCAUUGUGUCAACUUUUAACAAAAACAAAAUCAAUUGAUAAAUCAGCUGUUAAAUUAGAGUAUCGUUAUGAAGCUGUUGAAAAAUCAAAACUUCCUUCAAUAAUUGCUAAUUUUAUUGAAAUUUGUAAUAUUGAAAUUUUCGACAAAGUACUUGAUUUAAUUUGGAUUAUUGUUUCAAUUUCUGAUACAUGCUGUCAUAAAAUGAUUGAGCAUGGAAUAAUAAAUAAUCUGUUGAUAAAAUUACCACAAUUAUUAGUCAAUUCAGAGACAACAAAUAAUUUAAAUUACAUUGAAAAAGAUGUUGAUGAUAAAGGCAUUCAGAUUGUCAAUAUUUUAUGGAAACUAAUGGCAUCAAUUGUUUUUUCCAAUGAUAUUCCAAUAACAGUAAUGAAAAAUUCAAUUCCAAAAUUAGAAGCCAUGGAAUCACUUAAAAGUGCAUUUAAAAUUACACUCAAUGGAUCACAAUCAUCAAAAAAUUUUACAACAAUUAGAAAUGAUUUGAGUGUAAUAAUUUUAUCAGGAUUAACAGUCAAGUGGUCCCUUGUUGCUUCUGGUUUGGCUGAUGACAUAAUAACAUCAUCAAUAUCAACCACCACUCCAACAACCAGUGAUGAUAUUUUUUAUCAAAAAACUCUACAAUGUAUUUUGUGUCAUCUUGCUCACUGUGAUGCAUCGAUAACUAUUAUGAAAAAAAAAUUUGUUGUAUCAAAAAUUCUGGAGGAUUUGACAUCAAAAUAUAAUUCAAAGACCAAUGUUAAUUCAAGAGAUUUAAUUGAGGGAUCUGGUUUGAUUGAAAAUUCCUUAAAAACUUUACAAAAUAUUGUGCCAAAAAUUCCUCAUCAAUUUAUCAAUGAAAAUGGGCCAUCAAAAAUUAUAUCAAUAUUAAAAUUGAGCAUUAAAUCAAAUUUAAAUAACUCAAUUGUUGAAGAAAUUGCAAAAACUAUUUGUUCAUUGUUAAUAAGUGAUGAUAAAAUAAUGUUAAAAAAAUUUCAAGAUGCUGAAAUUGUAUCUACAUUAAUUGGUAAAUUUUAA